CUCGUUCCAUGCCUCUUUAUAUGAUUAACACAUUGUAGAUUAAACAGCAUGCACGAUAAUUAUUAAGCAAGCAUUUGUACCAUAAAAUCAUUCAUUCAAUCUUUCCUUGUGCCUUUAUAGUGACCCUAGGGAAUAGCCAUGAUCGUCUUUAAAUAUUCAAAUCUUCCUGUACGAAUCCCUGAUCAACCUCGAGUUCCUCAGCUAGUAAUUGCAGGUGUAGUGCAAGAAUCAAAAUCACAAGAAAAAAAACGUGCGAUGGAAGCCAAAACUAAGACGAGAGAGAGUAAAAAUAUUUGUGAAAUGUAGACCUCCUUUGCCCGAGGUGUAAUGCCAACAAUGUGUCAAGCGCGUCUUGAUGACGUCACGCCCCUCCUCCUGGCUGUGGUUCUGGACUUCUUGCAGUAGAAGGGUCGAGCAGGUCAGCUGUCUGUCAACAGAAAAGCUGUCGGUAUAUAACAGUAUCUGAACAGUACCAUCAGAUACAUAAGGGUCAGAUUUACCUGAUUUAUCAACAUAAGUCUAUGGUAAGGCUGCAUCGAUCUUUCGCUCUACACAACAAAGGUAGAACCGCCUGCGUGUCAAUACGGACUUCAGGGUGAAACUUUUCCUCGGGCGUCCUCCGGUUUGCUUGUUGUCCAGAAAAUCUGAAAAGACUCGCGCAGCCCAGCCAGGAGACGCUAAAUUGUCGUGGAAAUUAUACAACACUCGCAGACUCGUCCUCUGAAGCUGACAUUCUCAUUGCGACGAUGGCUGACUCUAAUAGUUUUGAACAGAUUGAAACUGAUGACGGACUGCCAGACUGGUCUGCGAUGAGCACACGAUUGAACUCGUUCCGGGCUUUUCCCCAUCCUGAGCAAGUUCCUGCAGAGAGGUUGGCGCGAGCGGGCUUCUACUUCACAGGUGAAUCUGAUCGAGUGUGCUGCUUCAGCUGCUUGCACACCAUUGAGGACUGGCACCAAGGAGACAACCCAGUAGAAAGACACCAUGACGUCUCACCUGCCUGCAUGUUCCUCAGGUGCGUUCAUCACAGGAGCCUUGCUAGUGGAACUUCCCCUCAGUCUCCUGGCCCCAUCUAUGACGAGGAGGCAGAAGCCAUGGAGUUUAGAUUAAGAACACGAGAAGUAGUGGAUGAGUCGGUGUAUCCCAGGAUUCCGCAUAUGAAGAGCGAAGAUGCACGGCUGAGGACGUUCAGCAACUGGCCCUCUUGGUCUCCAGUACAGCCUCAUGACCUAGUGCAAGCUGGGAUGUUUUACGUGCCAGAGAGUAACAGGCAAGAAGACAGGGUGCAGUGUUUCUGCUGCGCAGGCAUGCUGGUCAACUGGGAGGAAGGUGAUGAUCCCUGGCAGGAACAUGCCAGAGUUUACCCAAACUGCUUUUUCAUUUUGGGUCAUGAUGUGGGGAACAUCCCCUCUACGCAACCAAGACAGAGAAGCAGUGCUCAUAACAGUUCAAUGGAGUCCUUUGAGGAGCGCCUUGAAAGCUUCAGGGACAGAGUGCAUCCCAUCAACCCAGAAAGGCUGGCUAGAGCUGGGUUUUCUAGCGUAGGUGACCGAGACUGUGUGGUUUGCUUCAAAUGUGGAGGACGUCUGAAGAACUGGCAGCCAGAUGAGGACCCGUGGGAGGAGCAUGCCAAGCACUAUCCAGGAUGCAGUUUCCUGCUCGCAGAAAAAGGGCAAGAGUUUAUCAACAGCGUUCAGCUAAGAACUCCAGGACACAGCUCUUCAAAUGGAUUUUCCAGUCGUGAGAGAGCAGCAUCAAAUGUACUGCAGUCAGAGAGCCGUGAGGACUAUUCAACUAUGGAAGAUGUCGUUGUAGACAUAACCAGUGGUGUGUUUGAUAGCGAUUCUGAUAUGUGUCAGGAUACUCUGAACGAAGACCCCUUGAAGAAGCUGGAGACGCUGCAGCGUGAAAAGCUCUGCAAAGUGUGCAUGGACAGUGACAUUGCGAUCGUCUUCAUCCCCUGCGGACACUUGGUGACUUGUAAGAAGUGCUCUGAGCCUCUUCGCAAGUGCCCCAUCUGUUGUGCAGACAUCACACAGAAAAUCAAGACGUUCAGCUCGUAACCUCCAGCGCACUCACGCUCAGACAGAACUGCUGCGUUCCCACUCAUUUAAUUAUGAGCAAUCCUUAAAAAGAUACAUGUAUAUGGAUCCUUAAACAUACACACACAAUACAUGGAUGCGUUAGACAAAAAGAAUUUUAUUGUUUUAUACUAUAGGGUAUAUAAUGAGAAAUAUUUGUAUAUUUGGAUUAUGUUAGAGCAAAUAUGUAGUACAUAUGAAAAACAUUUUUUGGAAGGACCAGGUAAAGCUGAGGCUGCUGUCUGGGUACAGAUCAAAUGUAAUCUUACGAUAAAUAUAUUAUAAGUAGAUAAUUUAAUCUUUGCAUGUAUGUGUGUGUGUGUGUGUGUGUGUGUGUGUGUGUGUAUGUAUAUAUAUACAUGCGCGCGCGUGCACACACACACACGCACACACACACACACACACACACACUUUGUUGGGGCUAUUUUAUUUUGCCUAGAGGUCUAUGUGCAUAAUUUAGCAGCACAUUGAUCGUGCAGAUUAAUCGUGCUAAAUGUGCCAUUGCUGAGAAUCAAACCAAACACUCUGCCUGCAUGGACAUGUACAUGACUGUUUUAUGGUGAAAGCUCAGUCAAGUACAUUUUUAGAUCACAGUUUAAUCUGCACCCAGACAACCAAUACUCAUGCUUCAUUAACAGUGCCUUUAUUUAAUUAACAUAAUUUUAUAUAUAAAUUGAAUUCAAAUAAAUUGUUUACAGUAGAAUUUAUGUCCAUAUUCUUUCUGACUAGGAAUUAAUGCAUUUCUUGAUUUGGCUUUGGAUAACUUGAUUAUAGUUAUAGCAAUUGAUAGUAAGUUUUAUCACCAUGUUAUUAGAAGAUGCAAUGAUAACAACGCUGAACAAUAAAAUGGUAUAUCUACA